UACUUUUCUUAAUUCGAGCGCGAGGUGGUAGCACAGUGUAAGUUUUUCUGCCAAGUAUACUGCACAUUAAACAUGAACAUUCAUAUACUAACAUUUUAUUUCAUUCUGAGCAAAGGACCACUAAAAAAAGCAGCGCGGUAGGUUUGAGAAGAGUACACAAUGCACCAAAUGGAUAAGAGACAUCCCUCCCUCUGAUAUAAAACAGUUGAUAUUGACAGCUCUCGUCUCGAUCCGGGAUAACCUCUUGGUCCAAUCGACUACCAAUUUUUGUCACGUCUAUAUUCGACGAUUGCCAAAACAUUUUGAAAGAAUGGCAUGUCUUUUGUUGAAUCAAGAAAAUGUGCACAUUAAAAUUCCAUCAGCUGACACUGUCGAAGGUAUUACUUAUUAUUGCAUCGAGGUUAGGAUUGCUUCAAUCAAAUGGACUGUGAAGCACAGAUAUAAUGAUUUUGCUGAACUUCACGAUAAACUUGUCUCAGAGAAUUAUGUUAAGAAGGAUAUAUUGCCACCAAAGAAGCUUAUUGGAAAUAAAUGUGAAGCUUUUGUAGAAAAGCGUAGAUUAAGUUUAGAAGUUUAUUUAAAUGAAGUAUACAACUAUCUGAAAAAAGCAAUGCCCAGAGAAUUAGCUGUAUUUCUUGAUAUGCAUAUAUAUGAUAUAUUUUUUCUACUACAGAGUAUGGCUUUAGAAUUUUUUAUAGAAGGGAAUAGUUUAUUGCAAAAGUCCAAGAGUCACAAAUUUAAUCCAGUUCAGCUAUAUGCAAUCAGUGAGAGAUUAAAACAACCUUGUCCACCAAUCGAAGUGGUUGACAAAAAAUAUGAUUUCAGUCAUGUCUUGGAUUUCAAUUCUCAUUUAACUGGUCUUAUCAUUGAAGGAAGUUCAGAACCUUAUAAAACCAGCAAUAUUUAUUCAUCAGCAUUAUCCAUUGAAUUAACAAGUUUCAAAAACAUAGAAAAUCUAACCAUUAAUCAAUAUCCAAUGGAUAAGAUAUAUCAUAUGGGCAAUCUUCGAGAUACGGUGAAAUAUUUAAAAGUGAACAAUACAAAACUUAGAAAUAUCGUUGAAUUAGCAAUGUGCGAAGAAGUACAUAAAACAAUUGAAAAUGCGAACGAUUCCCAUGUUUGGUUUAAAGUCACUCAUCUAGAUCUUAGUGAUAAUCGAAUAGAAGUUAUAGAUGAAGCAAUUAAAUUAUUACCACAAAUAGAAUGCUUAACAUUAAAUAAUAAUUUACUCUCUGAAAUUUCUAACAUCACUCUAUUACCAAGAUUGUCUCAAUUGUAUUUAGCAUCAAAUAAUUUCACAACUCUACCCGAUGAUUUGCAUACGAAACUUGGUUAUAUCGUAUAUAUCGAUUUAUCCCAAAACAAAUUAACUUCAUUAUCGAGUUUCUCGAAAUUGUAUUCAUUAGAAGGUCUAGACGUAAGUUGCAAUCGUAUCGAAAAGAUCGAAGAGGUAAAGAAUAUUGGUCAUCUACCUUGUUUAGAAAAUUUAAGAUUAACUGGCAAUCCAGUGUCAACAAUUGUCGAUUAUAGAGUAAAAGUAUUAGAACCAUUUGGAAAAAGAGCAGCAGAUAUUUGUUUAGAUAAUGAAAAACCAAAUCAGAAGGAACUGGAUACUGUUUCUGUUCAUCAAGCAUUACGCAUUGCAAGAGAAGGAAAAUCACCCACAUUCACGGCUUCAGAUGCGCCUUUAUUUUCUGCAGAGAUUCCAAAUAUAUAGAAUUGCAUAAUUACAAUUUCAUUUCAGAAGAUAUUCUAGACAAAGAAGGAACUUUGAUAUAAAUUUUUAUCAUUGACUCAAAUUUUUUUCUUAAAUAUAAAAGACCAAGAAUUACAAAUUUUCAAACACAUUUAGAUUUUGAUGGAAAUCUAACGAGAUAUUUUAUAUUUUUUACUCAAAGUGAUAUCACUUUUAAAAAUUAAAUUGAAUUAAUCUGUAUGAAAAGGUUCCUUUGUAAAUUAAAUCAAAUUGAUAUUUAAAAUGACAAACAUUCAAGAUUUGAAUCUCACUUGUAGCUCUUUUUAUGAUAUUUAUUUAUGUCACUUUAUCAUGUCGGUGCUUUUUAUUAUCUUUUUUUAACAUUAUGAUGAUAAUCUAAUCAGUAUAAUAUAUACCAAAAUAAUAAUCUAUAAUUUAAGUCUUAGAUAAUGAGUCAAAUCUUUAUUUGACUAAAUCUUUAUUUGAUUUAGAUAUAAAGGAAAUUUUAAUAAUGUGUGGGAUAAUUAAAAAGAAGAUAAUAAAUCUCUCUUUUCGGGGAUAACGUGCCACUUAUCUAUGUAAAAGUAAAAUUUAUAAGAUUCUACUGUGUACAUAAUUAUUUUUAAAUUGUAUAUUGCGUGUUACCGUCAUAUAUUUUUUAUACGAAAUCAGAAAAUGAAAUAGAAAGAUUAGAUUGAUCAAAGAUGUAUAUUUAUUUAUAAUUUAUAUCAAAGAAGUUUAGUUGAUAUAUAUAUAUAUAUAAACCGUUGGUGAUUCUUAAUAUAUAAAUUAUAAAUUCUAUUUAUAUUCCAUGAAAUAAUUUAAUUUGCAAUUUAGAAAUAAGAAGAAUUCGUUUUAAGAAUUAUUGCUUUUUAAAUAAUUCAUUAUUAAAGAUAACAUUUAUUAUUUAAUAAAAUUUGCAUAUAAAUUAUUUAAAUUAAAACAUUUAUGUAUCAUAUAUAUUGUCAGUGCAAAUAAAAAUGCGCUUGAAUCAAAACAAUUAUUUUCAAAGUUUUGAUUCGAUACACAAUUAUUAGUUUGUUAUUUGUUGCAUAAAUUUUUAUGAUGAUGUUAUUUUGAAAGAUGUAAACGCAUUUAAUGAUUAACGAUUUUAUAAUAGUUUAACACAAAUUAUCUAUAAAUGUAUAUAAGAAAAUCAAAUAUUUUGUUAAUAAAGAAUUCUAAAUCAAUAAAUUGUGAUAACCUAUUUUUUAUUACUCUAUAUAUAAGCAUAUUAUAUCUUUAUUUAAAAAUUUGUAAUAAGAAAUAAUAUUUCUAUUUCUUACAUUUUUGUUAUUUAUUACAUUUUUUAUAUAAAAAAUUUGUUUAAUUUUUAUAAAUUGAAAUUAAUUAUAGUUUGGACAAUAUAAAAAAGACGGAUUAAUUAUCUUUAAAGUUUAUUUUUAUUUGAACUUUCACAUUGUUCGCAUUACCUUUUAAACAUCAUACGUAUCUCGACAAUAGUAAAAUAUUCAUAAAUAAUAAUAAUAAUCAUUACAAUGCUUAACAUAUUUUAAGCAUUCUUGUGUUAUAGUCUUUUAAUGUAGUACACCUAAAAACUAACACAUAUAUAAAUUAUCGUUUCAUAUAUUCGUUUCACAAAAGAUCACUUUCCUUUUUUGCGUUAUGAUCGCGCAUCAUAUUCUUUUUUUUCGAUGAACUUGGUGCACAAUAUUUCACAAUAUUUUUUU